CUCUUUAUGGAUAACCAAGAAGAAGAGUCUAAGCAACCUCCAAACAAACUUCCCGAUCUAACCCUCUUCGAGCAAGCAAAUUCUGAAGUUGCUCUUGCUGCCUCUCAAGCUAAUUCCCAUUUUGCUCAUGCUAUGCCUGAUUCGCUCUAUUCAAGUAUGAUAGAAAGUGGAGAAGAAUCCGGAGAUGAAGAUGAUGAAGAGGAAAGCAAUGAGAACUACUACGAGUAUUUCGAUAGCAACGGAUUCGGAGAUGAUGAAGACGAAAUCAAUGAGUUUCUUGCAGAUCAAGAAAGCAACAACCCUGAGGAUGAUGAUUUCUUGGAUGAAGAAGAUGAGGUUGACCCCGACCAGUUGUCUUACGAGGAACUCAUUGCACUUGGAGAUUUCAUUGGAGUCGAAAAACGUGGGCUGACUCCUACCGAAAUCUCCACGUGUUUGAACGCAUCGACCUAUGUACAUUCAAAUAACAAAAACGAGAUCGAUCGUUGUGUGGUUUGCCAAAUGGAGUUUGAAGAAAGAGAAUCUUUGGUCGUUCUCCGACCUUGUGACCAUCCGUACCACUCUGAAUGUAUAACCAAAUGGCUUGAGACGAAGAAGAUUUGUCCCAUUUGUUGUUCUGAACCAUCUUUCAGCUCAAAUGUCGUAAAUAUUUAAUCAUCGAUUCUUUAUACUUUUAAAUGAAAAAUUAA